AUGGUGCUGGACUUGUGUCACGAACUCUACGUCAAUGGACAAGAGAACCUCUUCUGGCAGCCAGAGAAUGAGGAGCAUCAGAGGCGUCGUUGGCUGGCACCCAAGGUCGAAGCACCCAAGCCCGUUUCAAAGGUGCUCAAGGCCGUCCCAGCAGUUUCCGGACUGGCCUCGACCUGUGCCCCAGUCGCCCUGACCUCCCAGCGUAUCCAUCGUACAACACAGCCGACAACCGUGGCCUCGUAUGUUGUCGGCCAGACAUCGCCCGGACGCGAGCUUUCUAGGACCUAUGCGACAGCUCGCAGCAUGGCAGGCUUCCGCCAAGUUCCUGCAACUGGCACGUUGUUGGCCCCAGCUGCAUCGGUUCUCGAAAAGAGCCGUGUCCCGGCAUUCCAGCGCAGCAUCCAGCACCCAGCCGUGCCUGUGAAGCAGGUCCACCACACCGCACCACGUGUCACGAUGCGGGUCUACAUGCCCGUUCUGGUGCAAGCUGCCCCACAAGUCGUGCAUCCAAUGCCUCGCGAGACGUCGUUCCUCCGCUACCAUCCUAUGGCAUACCCCGUCUCUGUGAACAACCGUGUCCUGAACCCGCGUGUGAUCGUGCGUGCCUAUAGGCUUUCGCACUGCUCCUGA